CAUGGAGGACCCCGUGUACAAGGCCAGAAGAUGCCAACCUUCAUAACAGGGCCGCUUCGCCCUGAAAUGACUCCUUUCUGGCCACGAUGGACUUGCAGCGAGAUCAAAUAUCUCCCUUGAAUUAUCGGUCUCAUUGCUGAAUACGCUGCUCCAAAUUUCUCUCUAGUUUCCCUAGUUUUUCUCUUUGCUUAUCCACCAUGGAUCCAGGGCGAGUCUUCUAUAUAACGAAAUCGCAGCCGGCAUCGGGUGUGGUAUAUACCAUUCUCGACUCCGACUCAACCACACGUCUUUAUACGGUAGAAACGUCACAAAAAGCGAAGCCACAUAUGACACUUAUUCGACACCGUUGUCCGUACCAACAGAUGGCUGCUCCAGCAUGUCACUACCCAUCUCCAUCUCCACCCUGCGCACAUCCGCCAGUUCAAGUCCCUUUCGGCGGAUCCAACAGCGGCACAGUUGUUAGUACUGUUUCGUUCCACGGUCUUUCCUCCAAGAUUGGCAUUUCCUUAUACUCCGGUCCCCAGCCAAUGGAAAUGACAAUGAAGCGCUCUGAUCUGCUUGCUGGUGGACGCAAAUUUGACUCACCGCUGGGAAGGAUGCAAUGGAAAGGAGGCGAUAGUAUCUUCACGAGCAGCCAGAAGCUAGUAGAUCAGCACAAACGCGUGAUCGCUCGAUAUGAGAAGCGGUCCUCCCUACUUUCGCGUCAGAUGGAUCAGUUUAUAUUGCUGGUUCAGGACGCCAAUGUGAUCGCAAAUUUGGAUAUGGUUAUUGUUACGGGUCUGGCAACAAUUGAGUAUACCCGAAGGUCCGAUAAAGAGUGGGACGAAGUGUUGGAAGAGGUUGCAGAGACCGUUUUUGACGUUUAGGCCCUGUUUCUGAGGAGCGGCUCAUAAGCCAGCCGUGUUGGCUGUGUAGGUUGAUACUCAGUGGCAUAUUAGCGUCUUUUCUUU